GAUUUUUCUAUCAAUAUGAUAAGUUCACGCUUAUCGCAGUAAAAUUUAUGUUUUAAGAUUAUUUUCUGAAAUGUUUUUAUCAAAAAUAUUUGUUUUGUAAACAAUUCAAAUCGAAGAAAACAGGAAGAAAUCUACUCAAAUCGAAUAUUUUGGUGGGUAAUAAAUUUUCUGUUCAAAUCGAAUCUACUCAAAUAGAAUCUACUCAAAUCGAGGACCCCCAGUAUUAAUAUAAUUAAUAGCGAUGUUUAUUGUUUGACGAUUAGAAACAGACUUAAUAUUCAUAUGAAGGGGUUAACAACUAUACAAGGGGAAACAAACUGAUUAUAGUUGCAUACAAGAAAUUAAAUUCUCACGUCAUUUGUCACUGCAUCCCUACAUCAUGAGAAAGUCUUUUUACGAUCAUAAAUGACCAAAUUACAUACACCGUUCAUCAUGUCAUUGAGAUCACUAACAAUUAGUGUCACUGAUUGAUUGUUACGUGCUUACGUGACUCAAUUUCCCUCUUCGAUAUUCAUCACACCAUUGUUUUAAAUAUUAUAUGGACAAAAAAAUGUAUCUAGAAAGACUAAUGGGCUUAAAGACAUCAAUAAUAUCGAUGUAAUUCUAUUGAAAACAUCAGUUGAACAAUUUGUUAAUUAAAAGCCAAUCUAAUUGGAAGGAAAAAAAGACUACACAUAUGAAUGAAGAAGAAGUAAUAGUGUAGAGGAGAAUUGAGAAGAAGUUGUCACAAGUUGAGUUGACCAAUGCGGCAUUGAGAGCUUUUUAUUCCUAUAUAUACAUCCAUACGUUAGGCUUUGCUUUGCUAUAUAUGAAAGAAAAUAUAACAUACAGAGAGAGCGAGAGAUCGUGUGCAAAUGCGAAGAGAGAAAAAGCACGAAAACAGAACGUAAAAAUAUCGCAGAAUGAAAAUUUUUUUGUAUUUUUUCUACAUUUCAAUACGCAACAACGAAAAACACACGUUGCGAUAUUGUGCUCUAGUAAAGAAAUAAAAAAAUAAUAAUAUAAGAUAUAUAGAUCGGGUUUUAUAAUAAAAUUGAAUUAAUAAAAAAAAUAAAUAAAAACACAAUUACAUUGGAAGCGCACACAAAAAGGAGAUAAUUGCUCAGCUGUUUUGUUAUUACACAGAGUCGUGUAAUUUUCAAUUUCGAGAGAUCUUCCCUAAUUAGAAACAAACUACGACAACGACGGAAUCAAUUAUUGAUUGAUUGAAUUUGGAGAGACGAUUGAGGUUAAAUGCAAUUGUCAUUUGGACAGAUGUAAACAAGAAGAUAGCUUACAAAUAUAAUAAUAAUACAAUUUUAAGUUUAGCCAAUGAUUCAUACAUAAUACAGUGCAAAAAUUUUCCGGUGAAUAAUCAUUGAUAAUCUUUUAAAAGAAAAGGAAUAAAAAAACAACAAUUUUGUUCAUAUUUCGCCUUAAAAAAGAAGAAUCAGAGUCAGUGGUGGAUUCACAUAAAUGAAAAUUAAUGUUUAAAAAUAGAAAAAAAGCGCUCGAAACAGCGAUUGUGAAUUUAUAUUUUUUUCGGUUUUAAAAGAAAAGAAACUGUAAUUUUUUUUAGAAGGAGAUAUUCAUCUCAUUUGGUCCAAUUAACUCAAGUCUGCCUUGAGUGAGCAUCACACACGCAUACGGAAUGAAAAUGCCGAAAUUUCCCAUUUCAAAAUAAACGCAAUUUUUCCUAUGUGUAGAUAAAAAUAAGAAAUACGCGGGGGACGACAUAGAUUUGAGAAAAAAAUAAAAUAUAUACAACAGAGAGAUAGUGAAUCGUCGUACUUAAAAAUGUCAUGCUUGAAAUAGAGGAAAAUCAUUUUGAGAAGUGACCAAAAUACAUAAAAACAGAGAGAAUUAAAUAACUUCACCGACUUCUUAGUGCCGUCGCUGAGUAUAAAAAAAAAUCAAUUCUAAAUUUACACACAAGACACAGGACAGGGAUCAAGUUGUGAAGCAAAUAAGACAACAAGUGGAAAGAUAAGCGAUCAAAUUUAUUGCACUACACAAAAAAUAAAAUUGUAAUAAUCAUCAAUCAAAAAGGAAUCGAAAAACAAAAGCAAAAAAGUUGAGAUGGAACCACCGCGUGAGAAUUCGCCGUCAACACCAUCGAGAUAUCUUAAUAGUUAUCUCCAACAGAAUCCAACAGAGCUUUUUCAUCAGAAUUUUCCACAGCGACAAUUAUCGAAUCAGCAAUUUUAUGCAGCUGCAGCUGCUGACAGUGUCGUCACAACAAAUAAUAAGAACUAUUUGAAGAGACAUCAUCAAAAUUAUGAGAAGAAUGAGAGCGAACGGGAUAAGAAGUACGAGAAAUAUGAUAGUAAGAAAAUUGAAGAUCAGGCGUUGCAUCAAGGACACACAUAUGAUGGAUUUAGUAAUGAUGCGUAUUCGGCGGCUAGUAUAGCAACAACAACAACUGGAACUGCAGCAGUAACCACAACACCUCAACAGAAACCUGGACCAACAACUAAGUCUAAUCUCUCAAAUGGCAAGAAAACCAAAGGACGUGUUAAAAUUAAAAUGGAAUAUAUAGACAAUAAGCUGCGACGUUAUACGACAUUCUCAAAGAGGAAAACGGGCAUCAUGAAGAAAGCUUACGAGCUUUCAACAUUAACUGGCACUCAAGUGAUGCUGCUUGUAGCAUCAGAAACAGGUCAUGUGUAUACAUUUGCCACACGCAAACUACAGCCAAUGAUUACAUCGGAAGCGGGUAAAACACUCAUUCAGACCUGCCUGAAUUCACCUGAUAUACCAACUGGAACAUCAGCUGAUCAACGAAUGUCAGCAACGGGAUUCGAGGAAACUGAACUUAAUUAUAGCAUUUCAGAUAUCGGCGAUAAUCCGGGCGAUAAGGAAAAACUUUCUUUUCAGGAUGACAUUACAAGUACAGAUGAUUCAGAUGAGUCUGAAAAUGAUGAAAAUUUUAUUGUACCGAGUCAACAGAAUAAUCAUAAGCAACAACAGGUACAGCAACAAUCAUCGCAAAUUGUAAUUCAUCCACAGCAUCAUCAACAGCAACAACAACAACAGCAGAGGGUACAUGAGGAUGAAAGCAAGCUACAACAGCACUUACAGCAAACGCAGACCCAGAAUAAUCAUAGAAUUAAUGAGAAAAUAUUAGAUAAUCAGAAAUUUUUACUAGAAAGCCUCUCGAACUUGCCUCAAAAUUUACUUCAAAGUUGGAUACAAUCUGGACAGUUGCAGGUCUCGGUCGACGAAGAUGGAAUGCAGUCAAUAUCAAUACCGUUCGCAAUUCAAAAGGAUAAUUCAACACAGGAGAUCAUAACAAAGAAGAUUCCAAUAAAGCUUUUAAUGACGGGAAAAAUAAAGUCAGAAGCUGAAUGAGAAUCGCUUAACACCAUGCUCAUCAUUUGACUUAAUUUUUAAAAUUUCUCGUAAUGACUAAAAUCAAGCAAAAAAAAAUAUUAAUCCAUACAAUAAUUAACUCAUAAUGCAUUGUUAAUUGAAUAAUUUUUUUUAAAUUAAGAGACUUAAAUUAGUUUUCAAUCUACCUUCCUGUUUUGAGUGAGCUCAGUGUGCUCUUAUGUCGAUUAAUUUUGACAUUGAGUGUCAUUGACAAUUCUUAAGUAAGUUCAAUCGAAUGAGAUAAUGAUAAAGUUUUUCUAUAAUGUAAAGUUCUUGAAAAACCUAGUCACAUGUAAUGAAAAAAAAUUUUUAAUUCAUCUAUUUUAAAUAUUCAUAGCUAUAAAGUGUGAAAUAAUCAAAUUUUAUAUUUUAUUGAGAUUCAUUUUCGAAUGAAUAGAACUAUUAACCUGCGCAUUUUUGGGACAUAAAAUGUGCUUUUUUAAUGAGAUUUUUUUUUUGUUGAUAAAUUAAUAAUAACAAACGAGGUUCAGGAGGUGUGAUGCUUUAUGAUUCAUUUUUUAAGAGAAGCAUAAAGUGUCACUGAUUUUAUAUUUUUUAAAAUUAAUAAUAAAAUUUUAUGCCUAAAGGAGUGAUAUUGGAUUUUAUUCAUGAAUAUGUCAAGUGUUGAAGUCAGGUGAAGUUGAUUAUGAUUGAGGUGCUAGUUGGAGACACACCUAUUCUGGAUAUCCUAGGGGUUUACUCAUUUUUAUUCAAAAUGUUUUUUUUUUAACAUAGAAACUGAAUUAUUUCGAAUGUAUCUAUAAUUUUUGA